AUGCCCUUCUCUCAUCACAGCCACUCCGGACAGUUUUGUCCUGGCCAUGCCCGGGACUCUCUUGAAGAUAUCAUCCUAACAGCAAUCUCAAAGAGGAUGCAAGUCUUUGCACUGACGGAGCAUAUGCCUCGUCAUGACCAAGACAGAUAUCCGGAGGAAAUUGAGGCGGGCGGGACGCUUGCCUCGCUGUUGGACAAUGAGCGCGCAUAUGUCGCCGAGGCCAGCCGGCUGCGACAGAAAUAUGAAUCUCAGAUUGGGCUUCCGCUUGGUUUCGAAUGCGAAUGGAUCCGACCUGAAACUCUUGAUCUCAUCAACCACAGCAUCAAGACGUACCAAUAUGACUUUUUCAUCGGCUCCGUCCACCACGUUCACACUAUCCCGAUCGAUUAUGACCAACCAAUGUAUGAACAGGCGCGUGACAUAGCUGGCGGAACAGAUGAGCUGCUCUUUGCAGACUACUUCGAUGCGCAAUUGACCAUGUUACAAGCGGUGAAGCCACCAGUGGUGGGCCACUUCGAUCUCAUUCGCCUCAAAAGCGAUCAUCCCAACGCAAGAUUCGAAAGUAUGGAGGAUGUUUGGCAACGCAUUCUCCGCAAUCUCGAUUUUAUCGCUUCCUAUGGAGGCAUCAUGGAGGUGAACACGGCCGCGCUCCGCAAAGGAUUGAAUGAACCGUAUCCCACCAUGGAAAUAUGCCGGGCUGCAAUGAAAAGAGGAAUACGGUUCUGCCUGUCUGACGACAGCCACGGCAUCGAUCACUUGGCUUCGAAUUAUGCACGUGCGUUGUCCUUUCUCGACGAGGUUGGGAUAACAUCUCUCACUUUCCUGCGGCAUGCUGCAACCGCAGAGGUCAGUCACGACGAUCGCUUCCCUAGCCUAAAAGUAGAUUCGAUGGAGCUCGGCGAGGUGCGCGCGCAAGCAUUCUGCAGAAGCGAUCUGGAGCAAACGUAA